AUGCCAGACUACUUUCCAACAACUCCUCAGACUAUUAAGUGUCUCAUUCACGGCAACUGGUCAUUGCCAUUACCUUCAUGUGCAUCAGUUUUCCAAUGCAGUCCGAUGCCUCAGUUGGAAAAUGGAAUAGUAGCAGGAAAUAGAUACGAUGCAAUAUUUUCAUGUUUUUAUGGCUAUCGACUACUGAACAGCGGCAGUGCAUAUUGUGGAAAAAACAGUACGUGGAGAUAUCCUAAUCAGAGACCUAGAUGUCAAGUUAUGCGGUGCAAGAAACUCACGUCAUUGUUACAUGGGAAUGUACAAACGCUUGACCUGACAGUGAACAGCACUAUAGACUAUGCUUGUAGGGAAGGAUACAUAAGAGAAGGCAUUAAGUCACGAACAUGUCGUGCUAACAAGAUCACAGCCUAUUGGGACCCGCCAGAGCAAACGAGUACUGUCUCGUGCAAAGCAAAGAAUUGCGGCAGACCAGAAGAAAGGUUGCACUGCAUAAGAAUGGGAAACUACUUUCAGUACCCGGGUGUCGUGAAAUAUGACCGCGCCUACGGACACUGCAUUGUUGGUCCAAAACAAAUUCAAUGUAACUCUUCAGGACAAUGGUCCAACGAGACACCAAGCUGCAAAAAAAUUCAAUGUCCACCUCUUAGCGAUCCCCAAAAUGGUACCGUCCUGUUGAGCUCAGAACAAAGGUUUGUAGAUGAUACGGCUACUUACAGCUGCCAUUCCGGCUAUGAACUAAAUAUGGAUAAAACAUUAACAAUAUUUACUCGAACGUGCCUGCAACCCGAAGAUUUUCGCCAAUGCACAGGAAUUUGGAGUGACAAACCGCCAUGUUGUAUACCAAGGUCAUGCCCAGAUCCUAAUACUUCUAACUUCAGAAAUGGAGGCAUACAAGGAAAUGCGUAUUUUUACCCAGAGACAAUCUCACUAAACUGCACGGUAGGUCACGAGCUCGUUGGAGGAGGAUCUUAUUUUCAAUGCAAUGAAAGUGGCCAGUGGUAUGAAAUAUCGAAACCCAGUGACGACGCAUCAAAUCAGGCAAGAAAAAGAAUCAAUUCAGAACUUGAAAAAGUCAAGAAUUGCAUAUCAAAAACAAUCAAAACAAAGCACUUUUCGCACAAAGUGAGGCAAUUCCCUAGCUGCCAACCUGUAUCGUGUGGACGACCUCCUCCGCUACUGAAUGGGAGGUAUGAAGGACACGUCUUUAGCUACGGAGCCAUGGUACGCUACCACUGCAACGUCGGAUACUGUCUCGUUGGAACCAAUACCUCCAUUUGUUUGAAAGAAGGUUAUUGGAGUUCAAACACACACAGAAAAUGUCAAGCUUUGAAAUGUCCUAAUUUACAAUCGAUAUCCAAUGGUUCAGUUUCGGUGCCUUCAAACUAUUUGGGCGAAACUGCUACUUACCAAUGCAAAACUGGCUUUGAUUUGAUUGGUUCUCGUAAAAGAUCAUGCCAGAAACGUUCAUCAGUGAAUUGCAGUUUGACAUGGACUGAACAUCCACCAACAUGUAGAGCUAAAGAUUGCGGCGAUCCGGGUGUCAUUAGUCGUGGAAGAAUAGCCGUGAUCCAAGGAGACGGAAGGCGAUAUCCAAGUUACAUCCAGUUUAUAUGUAAUCUAGGAUAUCAAAUUGUUGAAGGCACAGAGUUUAUGACGUGUUCAAAUUCACAAGUGUGGAAAGGAAAACGGCCAAAGUGUCAACCUGUAUAUUGUGGUGCGUUGGAACAACCCAAGAAUGGCGAAAUUGUAGGCAACAACUUCUAUUUUGGAGAGUCCGUGACGUUUUCUUGCAAUAGAGGAUAUAUGAUAAUAGGAAAAGAGACUUCAAUGUGCGCGGCGUCUGGUACUUGGACCAAUACGCCACCAAGAUGUAUUGAAACGAGAUGUUUUCCAAUUCAAAGACAGAAACAUGGGCGUGUUGUUGCAACAGGCAACAAAAUUGGCUCUGUUCUUGUAUUUCAAUGUACGUUAGGAUAUGUCCUGAAGGGAUCUUCAACACUUCACUGCGUCCAAAUCAAAAAUUUUCCAGCAAAAUGGAACAUGCCAAUACCGAAAUGCCAAGGCAAAUAUUAAAUUCUUUGCAGUUUACAGGUGAAGUAUAAGAUGUUUUGCAGCAAUAAGGUGCGAGAC